AUGGCUGCUUUAGCAAAGACGAAAUUGCUGUAUCAACAGCAAGGAAAUCUGCACCAACAUGAAGCAACAAUCACCGGCUUCGAGCCAAUCCCUGUUGAGGCCGGAAACGACAAGGCCGAUGAACAAGAAUCUCACGCGAUUUAUCUCGACGAAACCAUAUUCCAUGUCCAAGGCGGCGGACAACCCUUCGACGUUGGUAACAUCGAAUCCGCAACCGGCAGCUUCAUAGUCACUUCCGUUCGCAAUGCCGAUGGCGAGACGGUUCGACACGCCGGCCGCUUCGCCUCCGUUGACAAAUCCAAUUUCUCCGCAGGUGACAAGGUCCAAAUGUCCAUCGAUGUCGACCGACGUCUACUGAAUUCGAGGAUACACAGCGCUGGUCACAUCUUGGGCGUGGCAAUCAUGCGACUUUCUCGCGAGGGCAAACUGCCAGAGCUCGUCGAAACCAAAGCGAAACACUACCCGGGCGAUGCGUGCGUCGAGUUCAAGGGCCUCAUCGAAGGCAAGGCGAAGGACAUGAUACAGGCUGCAUCAGAUGAGCUAGUUGGUGAGGCAAGACCGCUAACGAUCUGUUUCUGGUCCAGAGUAGAGUGCGCCGAGCACAACGUGGCGUUGCCGGAGAAGAUUGAGGGAGACAUAUUUCGGGCCGUAGACAUAGAAGGCUGUGGUGCCUACGCAUGUGGUGGGACGCAUGUGACUGAUACCAAGGGUGUUGGCAAGAUCAAUGUCAGGAGCAUCAAGCGCCAGAAGGGCACUUCGAGAGUAAGCUACAGCGUGAGCUAA